AUGGCGUUCUCCUCCCAUAAAUCCACCUCCGCCUUUCUCCUGCUGCUCGUCGCCUUCGCCACGUGUCAGCCUCUGAUCGGCGAAGCCGCGUCGCGGGAGAGCCUCGUGCAGGCUCUGUCGUCCAGAAUCCGCCAAUCCUUGACGAGAGUCACCUUUGCGGGAAGCGCUAACACCAUCCCGCAGCGGCGAUCGCUCAAGGCCUACACCCCUACCGCCUCGCGCCAGCUCGAGCAACCACUCCAACUUACCUCCUUAACUCGCGUCCCGCUCGACUAUUUCCACGAGUUUCAGACGCCUCGACCAGAAGACGAAGGCGCCACGCUGGCCAAAUGCCACGGCGGCCAAUGCCCGGAAUUUAAGGGCUGCGGAGUUAGAUUCCCGACGCUUAAAGCCUGCUGGAAUCCGCAGUACGUGGAUCCGUUCCGCGGCCCGGGAACCGUCGCGGAACAGAGGCGGCAGCUGCAUCUCCUGCAGAAACGCGGGAGAGGAAACCCCCUGGAUUUAUGCCUGGAGAAUUCAGGUGAAUCGCCAGGUGAUCUGCUGCGGCCAGGGUGUCCCGGCCCGCAGGAUCCCGUCGAUACGGAGACGAUGAGGGUGACUAAAGACUGGGAGAAGAAAUGGGCCGGGCAGGUUUUCGUGCUGGAAAACGUUUACGUGAACUGGCGCGGGCAGGUGUUUAACGAAACGCAUCUCUUCGACCCGUCUGGCUGCAUCACCGAGUUAAACGUCUCUUACCCCGCAGGAACACACGUCACCAUGCACCGUGACGUGGUGAACCUUCUAUCUGACGUGGCAGAUCCUCGUGCUGAGGUGUUCCACGAGCUGACGGAUCUUCUCCCCAUGAUGCUGCCGCUUAAGGAGGUGCUGCCGAAACUUCAAGAUGCGAUCAUAGUGGCUCGGAGCAGAAAGCUCCUAUCAGCCGUGGCCAAUAGGGUUCUCAAACUGCCCGUAACAGACCACGAAGUGCAGGGGGUAAAACCUGGGGUACCCCACCUGUGGUUCGUGCAAAAGCUCUACCAACCCGUCCGGCAGCAAUGCCGCCAGCCCAGCAUGGCCCUGUGGACCCAGUUCCGCUCCAACCACCUCCUCCCUAGAGAUUCCCCCCAAGUCUUCCGAGAAGCCGGUGCUGAGUCAGCAAGUGCUGAGUCAGCAGGUGCUGAGUCAGCGGCAGGGUUGGAGGGCGGCGUGCCGGCGGAUUGGGUGGUGGUGGUGGGUGUUGACGUGGCGGCGCGGGUGGUGGAAGCAGGAUAUAUCAGGGACGCGCUGAGAUUCUUUUAUCCAGAGGACCGGAUUGUACUCUUUAAGAACAACCUCAAUGUCUUGGAAGCCAAGGACCUAUUCAACCGAGCAGCUCUCUUCAUCUCCACAUCAACCUCCGCUCUCGCUCACGUCAUGUUCAUGCCACCCAAUGCCACUGUCCUAGAGCUUCGGGGCGUUCUAGACCCCAGCAGUGCCGCCCAGAAAGCAGGCUCGGCAGGAUCUGUAGCAGCGGAUCCAGACCUGCCGACCAGGCAGCUCGCAGAGGCUUGCGGGCUUCGGCAUUAUCUGCUGCUCUGCGCUGCCCAGCCCGACCCGAAGCCGGCCAAUGGGAACGCGCCGCUGCGCAGCCGAUUAUCUUGCGACAUGUGGCACGUGCGGGAUGUGAUCGAUAGGGUAUCGCACGAUGUGUACACCAGUGAGGUGGUAACCAGAGACACAGUCCGAGCCAUUGCAGGUCCGGCAGGUGGCAGGUUCGGGCUGAAGCAGAAGCUGAUCGGGACGAAGCUGAGGUCCGGGGAGGAGGUCCGGGAGUUCAACGAUUGGAUGGCGUGCGUUGCGAAGAAAGGCCGGUGGGAUUACAACGCGACUCCACGCGUGUUACCUUGGGAAUACAUGGGAAACAUCAACCUGUGCGACCACCGGCAUUGGGACGCAACGCAAGGGCUCAUGCAGAAGAAAUCGGACGAGUAUGCCCUGUCUGGAGGCAACCCUGAGGGGUGGACAGUCCGGGAGACUCUCAAGUACGAUUGGAGGGUACAUGGGAGCUGCCCUAUGCCCGUUCAGGAUCAAGCCUGGGUGCCGUUUCAGCCGACUGAUUUCUGCAGCAGGGUCGGCAAGAAUCGGACUAUUCUGUUCUUGGGAGAUUCUCUCAACGAGCAGUUUUUCGGGAUUUUUAUCAACCAGAUGCUGAGGGACAUUCCAAAGCCGGCUGAUUGGGCGGUGAAGGAGUCAAAGCCGAAAUUCUGCGUUGACUGGGUCAACAACACGGAAAUUCGGCACGAGUUUUGCAGGACCAUCGAGUUUGCCGACCAGCUCGUCCGCUUCGCUCCUCUCGCCUCUCUCUCCUCCUCGUCAGACGUAUCUGUUCCAGCCGGAACGGUGUCUUGCAAGGGGAAACCGUGUCCCGAUUUCUCCCCCUGCCCCGGGUUCGGCGGGAAGGUCGCCACGUGUUGGAAUCCCGCGGAUCCCGUCGAUCCCGAUGCUGACCUGGCAGCGUACGGCCGUACGAUUCUCCUGAACCGUACGCAGGCGCGGAUCCACUUCAGCACGGGAUUUAACCCGCUGGAUGAGUGCUUAGAAGACGACGGGACGCAACCGGGGCACCUAUUGCGACCCGGCUGCCCUCCAGAUGACGACCCGGGACCAAUCACGUUGUCGCUUAGAACGGCCGAGUUACGCGCCGCGCAGGAGCAGGCGCAGAGGGAGGCGCAGGCGCGGCGGAGAUUAAAGUGGGGUAAGGCGGCCAAGAAGGCUCCGGAGCCGGCGGGUGCGCUGUUUGUGUUGAACGACGUGUUUCUGGAUGGCGAGGGGCGCGUGUUCAAUGCGACGCAUCGCUUCGACGUGUCAGGAUGCGCCACGUCAACUUCACAGACGGUGUAUGGAGUGGAUACACACGUGUCUCGCCAGGAGACUGUACUGAAUCUGCUUCUACCGGGUCACUUUAUGGAGAGGCGACCCCUGUACGAUCAGAUUCUCAUGGUGCUGCCGCCCCUGCUGCCUCUGCACCACGUGCUGCCGUCCCUGCGCCGAGCCAAAGUCGUCACUCACGCCAAAAAGCUGCUCCAGCUGCUAAUAUCGCAGCUACUGGGCCUCCCUCUCGCAUCACACUCCUUUCUCUCCACCACCGAUGGCACCAGCAGCAAGUACCUGUGGCACGUGCAGACGCUCUACCAACCAGUCAUACCGCACUGCACCAAUCCCGACCUCCCUCUCUGGAAACACUUCCGCAGACGCUUCCUCCUCCCCAUCCCUCCCCCUCCAGACCCCACCGAUCCCGCCACCCUCACUCCCACCCUCUCCUCCUCCUCCUCCUCCUCCUCCUCCUCCUCCUCCUCCUCCUCCUCCUCCUCCUCCUCCUCCUCCUCCUCCUCCUCCUCCUCCUCCUCCUCCUCCUCUGCACGCUCUCUGACUGAAGACUCUGCUUCCCCCACUGAUGGCCCUGCGUCUGCUCUGAGUGACCCUGCCUCUCCGCUAGAGCUGGUGCCCAAGGUGCCGCCUGGGUUCCUGGAUGGGGCGAGAUCUGUGUUCCCGUCGCUGCCUGCUCUGCCAGUGGAGGGAUACGCGCAGGGAGGGGACCUGCACGGCUCAUGGGUGCCUAUAGGCUGGCAGGUGAGAGUCUAUGUGUGUGCAAGCAUCCCCUCGUCUGCUCUCAAUGACCCUGCCUCUCCGCUAGAGCUGGUGCCCAAGGUGCCGCCUGGGUUCCUGGAUGGGGCUAGAUCGGUGUUCCCGUCGCUGCCUGCUCUGCCAGUGGAGGGAUACGCGCAGGGAGGGGACCUGCACGGCUCGUGGGUGCCUAUAGGCUGGCAGGUGGAGGUGGCACGCGACUCAAUGCGAUGCACUAAAGCGCUGGGGCAGGUAGAAGAGCUGCUGCAGCGAUACUCACCCUCUCAUACCCAUGCUUACACAUAUGCAUUCAUAUCCCUGUGUGGUGCACUUAUGCUUGGAUCGGUGGUGGUGGCUCACGAUUCGAUGCGGUGCACCAGGGCAUUAGGGCAGGUGGAGGAGCUGUUGCACUGGUAUUUCCCUCUCAUUCAUAACCCUGUGGAUGCAUAUGCAUGCAUGUAUACUGCUUCCUGUACUGACAGGGCACUGGGACAGGUGGAGGAGCUGUUGCACCGAUACUUCCCUCCUGACAGAAUCGUCGUCUUCUCCUCCAGCAGAAAGAUCAUGGAAGGGAAACACUUAUUCAACCGAGCAGCACUCUUCAUAACCUGUCUCGGCCUCGCCAUCACCAACACCAUGUUCAUGCCGCCCCGGGCAGCAGUGCUUGACCUGCGCCCGCCCCUCCCCGCCUCACACACCACCCGCUACACCCUCCUCUCCCGCUCCUUCGCCUCCGCCAACGACGUCCGUUCUUUCGUCCUUAUCUGCCAGCCGGGCGGCGACGGUGAUGACGUGGCGGCGGGAUCCGGCCAAUUGGAGUGCAACACGCGGGAGAUUGACGAUGUUAUUGAUCGCAUAGCUCACGAUAUCUACACCUCACCCGCUGCUGUCGCCGCUGCAAUGUCCCCAACCCGCGACGCCGAAGCUGCCGCCGAAGCUCUUGCCGACGCCGAAGCUAGCGGGCGCUCGCUGCUUCGGCCGACGGACCAGAUCCGAGGCUCGGUGCUCCGAACCCCGCUGCAGGUUCAGAAAUUCCGAUCCUGGAUGAAAUGCGUUGGUCAGGAGGGCUACUGGGUAUACGACCCGAAACCCCGCCGAUUACCCUGGUGGUUCAUGGGGAAACCCUACCAAUGCGACUCACCUAUGAGCGGGCGACAUCAUGGGAAAUAUAUGGAAGAAGCAGAUGCGAUCGCGGAUGCAAAAGGGGAUCCCGAGGAGUGGAGUGUAAGGAAAACUCUCAAGUAUAAAUGGGGGGUGCCGGUGAAUGCGUGCCCGAAGGUGCCGGUGCGAUCGUGGGAGGUGGAGGAGGAUGAGGAGGAGGAGGGGGGGAGGAGGUUCCGGGGAAGGGAGGCCAGAGGGGUGGAGAGCGGUAGAGAUGGGCGGGCAACGAUACGGAUGGCGAUGCGGUUUUCCCACUUCAGCUGGAUGAAAUUUUCUCCUAAGAAUUUCUGCGAGAGAGUGGGGCGAGGGAGGUUCUUUCUGUUCCUAGGAGACUCUCUAAACGAGCAGUUUUCAGAGGCGUUUCUGAACAACCUCGUGGUGAAUCUCCCGAAACCGGUUUCCGAGGAGCAUUUGAGGAUGGAGAUUCCAAAAUACUGCUCCGAUUGGCACAACGAUUCGUCGGUCCGGCACGCCUUCUGCAAGUUUUAUUCGGUCAGCGACGACGUCUGCCCGGGGCUCCGGGCAGCUUAUGUUCGAACGGACCAGCUGACGCUGGCGAAUCCCCGCUUGUUCGACCACCAGCCGUGGUCUCGCAUGGAAGUUAUUCGCGAAGCCGACGUUAUUAUAAUCAAUCGUGGGCCGCACUAUGAAGAGGAUGAGCUGUACGCACCGGUGCUCGAACGCGCCCUUAUGUACCUCAGAAGCCGCUUCCCCGAAAAGCUCAUUAUCUGGCGAAACACCCCGCCCGGCCACGCCAACUGCUCUGGUCAGAAAACCCCGCUGAAGAAACGGCAGGAUCCGGGCAUUCUGCCGUAUAACUGGGAUAAAUUCGCGCGGCAGAACAAGCUGGCGGAGGUGAUUGUAAAGAGAUACGGGGCUGCUUAUAUGGAUGUCAAUUCGAUGACUGCGCUGCGGGCGGAUGGGCAUAAGGAGUUUGUGCCGGCGUCUGGGAAGGUGGACUGUUUGCAUUAUUGCCACCCGGGUCCGCUGGAUGGGUGGGUGGAGCAUCUUUACAACACCCUGUCUUGGCUCAUGGCACCGCCUCCACCUGUUACUGCAUGA